AUGACCCGUAUGGGUACGAAAGUGUUGGAAGCAAUUGGUGAUGGUGACUUCGUGCGUGGUGUUCAUUCUGUUGGUGCACCACGUCCUGUCACAAGAAAGGUAAUCAAUCAUUGGCCAUGCAAUCCAGAAAAGGUAAUGAUUGCUCACCGACCAAAGGAAAGAGAGAUCUGGUCAUUUGGAUCAGGUUAUGGUGGAAACUCACUUCUUGGAAAGGUAAUUAAUCACUGGCCAUGCAAUCCAGAAAAAGUAAUGAUUGCUCACCGACCAAAGGAAAGAGAGAUUUGGUCAUUCGGAUCAGGCUAUGGUGGAAACUCACUUCUUGGAAAGAAGUGCUUCGCCCUUCGUAUUGCCAUGAAUAUUGGGCACGAUGAGGGAUGGAUGGCUGAACACAUGCUGCCUACUAUUCCUGGAUGGAAAGUUCGUGUAAUAGGUGAUGAUAUUGCAUGGAUGAAAUUCGGUGAUGACGGUCGCUUGUAUGCCAUCAACCCGGAAGCUGGUUUCUUUGGAGUCGCUCCAGGUAAAUUUGGAUUUUUUUGUCUCAUUUCCUUAGGAAUACAAAAUUACUAAUC